CGUAGCUGUUUUGGUCGUUCCACCGGCCCUGGGGACUGCAAUUCUUCCUGGCCCUUACACAGGUUGUGCAAGUUCCAGGGAAGCUCCUUGUGGGCUCCCCGCUGUGCAAGAUCCAGGCAUAACUGAGUCCAAGAGGAUGGGACUGUGCUGAGAGUUUCACCAGAGUCAAAACCCAUCAGAGCUGUCAGCAAAAGGUAUGUGAUGGCUACCCAGGAAGUGCCUUUCCAGGUGACACCAUUAGCACAGGGUUCCCUGGCAAUUCUCCAGAAAAGGGAACACCGUGAAACUGCAGUAACGCUACCAAAGGCAGCACUGUAAAGAUGUUGAUGGUGACUGUGGCAAUGGCCCUGCAGGUUACAAUAAGAAGUAUAAAGAAGAUAUUAAAAAGAAAUACAAGCUAAUAAAAGACAUGAACAGUCGUUUUGGUGACAAUAUGAUUCUAAACAGAAGAUACACAAACCUCACUAUUGUAGACAGACCUCGUCAGGCAAAGGAGAGAGAACAUGAAAUAAUGGCCAUGGGAUGGAGACAUGCAGAAAUCAUGACUGAACGAGCUAGUUCUGCAGUUACACUGGCCACUCUCUAUAAACCUGAUAAAGAUGGACAAACACCACAAGUCGUUGUGCUGCUGGGAGCUGCUGGGAUUGGGAAAACAAUGACUGCAAGAAAGAUCAUGUACGAUUGGGCAGCUGGGGAACUCUAUAAGAAAAAGUUUGAUUAUGUUUUCUACAUAAACUGCAGGGAAAUGAACCUUCUUAAUGAGCAGGGAAGUGUGGCUGACAUGAUUUUUAAAAGUUGGCUUAAUACAAAUGCACCAGUUAACCACAUUCUGGUGAAUCCAGAAAAACUCCUGUUCAUAAUAGAUGGGUUUGAUGAACUGAGAUUUUCCUUUGAUCAGCCUAAAGAUAAUCUGUGCACUGACCCCUGGGAGAAGAAGCCAAUGGAAAUCCUCCUGAGCAGUUUAUUUAGGAGAACAGUUCUUCCUGAGUCCUACCUGAUGAUCACUACAAGACCAGCUGCUCUGGAGAAACUCGGGCAAUGUUUGGAGUGUUCACGUUAUGCAGAGAUCCUGAGGUUUUCCAAAGCUGAGAGGGAGGAAUAUUUCCACAAGUUCUUUGGAAAUGAAAACCAAGCAAGACAAGGUUUACGAUUUGUGAAAGCAAAUGAAAUUCUUUUCACCAUGUGCUUUGUCCCCUUCGUAUGUUGGAUCAUCUGCAUGGUUCUGAAACAACAGCUUGAAAAAGGUGAGAAUCUCACACAAACUUCAAAAACAGUCACUGGAGUGUAUAUGCUCUACCUUUCCUGUUUAGUCAAGCCUCUCAGCAACAAUACAAAGCAACACUUACAUGGAAAUCUGAAGGGACUUUGCUCUUUGGCUGCUGAUGGAGUCUGGAAACAAAAGAUACUGUUUGAGGAAGAAGAAAUCAAGAAGUUUGGCUUAGAUCAAGAGAACUCUCUUCCCCUCUUUUUGAAUGAGAAUAUUUUUCAAAAAGAAACUGACUGUGAAUGUCUCUACAGCUUCAUUCACUUAAGUUUUCAAGAGUUUUUUGCAGCUUUGUUAUAUGUCCUGGAGGAAGGUGAAACAACAGAUUCAGGGAUUCCCAAGAAAGAUGUGAAAACGUUGUUAGAAAACUAUAGAAACUCUAAAAAUUAUUUAAUGUUAACAGUGCGAUUCCUGUUUGGGUUCUUAAAUGAAGAAAGAAUGAAGGACCUGCAGGAAAAAUUUGGGUGUAAACUUUCACCUAAAAUUAAGGCAGAUUUACUGAAGUGGGUUCAAGCAAACCAACAAACAGAUUUAACCUUGCCCUGUGUUCAUGAGGGGAUUUAUCAAAGUUAUCAGCUUGAGUUGUUUCACUGUGUGUAUGAGAUGCAUGAAGAAGAUUUUGCAGUUAAUGCAUUGGAUCACUUCACUGAACUGAAAUUAAAUCAAAAUAAAUUUACCCAGAUGGAUCAAUGGGCUCUUUCAUUCUGUGUAAAGCAUUGUCGUAGUCUGGAUUCACUUUGUAUGUGUGACUGUACAUUUAGCUUAGAAGACCAUGAGGAAGAACUCCCAAGACGACAAAAGUGGCUACAUCAGAAAAACCGUCAGGAUAAGCCAAAGCAUUCACCUAUUUACCUGCUCUGUCAAGCACUGAAGGAUCCAAACUGUAAAUUAAAGAAACUAGAGUUUUGUGAUUGCCGUUUGACAGCUGCUUGCUGUGAGGAUCUCUCCUCUAUUCUUGGUACCAAACAGACCUUGGUCGAGUUGCACCUGGCAGGAAACAGCCUGGGAGAAUUAGGAGUGAAGCUGCUGUGUGAGGGACUGAAGCAUGUGAACUGCAAACUGCAGAAACUGAGAUUGAAGGCUUGUAAACUCUCAGCUGCUUGUUGUGGGGAGCUCUCUUCCGCUCUCAGCAACAACCAGUUGCUGACAGAUCUGGACCUGAGUGAUAAUCAACUGAGAGCUCUGGGAGUGCAGCUGCUGUGUGAAGGACUGAAACAGCCAAAUUGCAAACUGCAGAGACUAGUGUUGAGAUUUUGCGGUCUCACAGGCGCUUGCUGUGGGGAUCUCUCCACCGUUCUCAGCAUGAGCCAGAGCCUGACAGAUCUUGACCUCAGUUAUAAUUUUUCUCUGGGAGAGGCUGGAGUUCAACUGCUGUGUGAGGGACUGAAACAUCCAAACUGCAAAUUACAGAUGCUGGGGUUGGAGUGGUGCAGACUCUCAGCUGUAUGUUGUGGGUUUCUCUCCUCUGCUCUCAGCACCAGCCAGGCCCUGACAGAGCUGAACCUUUGGGGGACGAAGCUGGGAGAUUCAAGCGUGCAGGUGUUGUGUGAGGGACUGAGACAUCCCAACUGCAAACUGCAGAAAAUACUGUUGGGAAGUUGCAGCCUCACAGCUGCUUGCUGUGGGGAUCUCUCCACUAUUCUCAGCACCAGCCAGAGCCUGACAGAGCUGGAACUGGUGGAUAACAAACUGGGGGAUUCAGGCGCGCGUUUGCUGUGUGAGGGACUGAAACACACAGACUGCAAACUGCAGAAACUAGUACUGGGGUAUUGUGAUCUCACAAUUGCUUGUUGUGGGGAUCUGUCCUCUGUUCUCAGCACCAGCCUGACCCUGACAGAGCUCGGCGUAAGGUGGAACAACCUAGGAGAUUCAGGAGUGCAGCUGCUGUGUGAAGGAUUAAAACAUCCAAACUGCAAAUUACAGACACUGCAACUGAGUGGUUGCCAUUUCACAGCUGCUUGUUGUAAGAAUCUCGCUUCUGCUCUCAGCACCAACCAGACGCUGACAGAGCUGAUCCUGGGAGAGAAAACAAUGGACAACUCAGGUGUGAAACAGUUAUGUGAAGGACUGAAACACCCAAACUGCAAACUGCAGAAACUGGGCUUGAGCAGUGUCAAUGUAAAUGAAGACACACAGAGAGAGCUAGAUGCUGUGAGAAAGAGGAAACCUGAUAUGGUCAUAUGUAUAUGGAAAAAUUGGAGAACAGGAGCCAUUGCACUGACACUGCUCUGGCCUGGCUGUCGUCUUGCUAGCUGGGACAGCAGCUAGGGACAGGACCUGCCUCUUUUAAGGCAUCUCUGGCAUCACCAAGGACUCCAGAUGUAUAUUCUCCUGCUGGUGUUAAGAGUGAGAACCUCACACUAUGGGGAAAAUACGCUCCCGUUUUGUGAGCUUGUUGAAUUUAUACAUUCAGCCUCCACAGGCGCAGGACUGGAAGAGACUGUCAGGGCUGUGAGAACCAAAGGCUUAUUAUGUGGAGCUGGUUAGGCUUUUUAGGUUCACCCACUGAUAUCUGCCCACAUCCUCAAGGUUGUAGACCCCUGUUGCUUAUUGAAAGAAAUGUUUGGUUUCAGUUUUAUAAAUUGUAUUAAAACUAUUACACCAACAAACUGUAUCACCAAAGUGAAGCUACUAACCGUACUACA